AUGAGACCACUGCUAUUCGUUCCCCAACAUAAAGGCUCAAGUUUCUCUCAACACUCCCCUCACUUCUCCUUCCGGAGAUACAAACAAACUGGUCCAAGUGCCAGUGACAAGCUGCUCACUGAUGCUGCCAGGGAAGAAGCAGAGGGAACAAGUAUACGACCAAAAUCAGCUUAUCUGCAGUCCUUGGAGCAGAAGCAUGAGAACUGGGAUGGAGAAGAAAGCGUACAGGACGCUGUGCUCAGGAUGCUGGUAGACAAAUACAAACCACUGAGAAGUGGAACUAUCGCUACUGCUGAGCAGAAGCUCAAACAAACUCCUCCAAAGAUAACUUCUUUCACGACACCAUCAUCUGGCUCUUGGGCAACGGAAUCUCUGCUUCCAUCAUCGGAUGCACAUAGACCAUGGCAUACGGAAUUCAAAGUUCCUUCUCAUGCGGUUUCUUCCGUCAAGUUUGCAAACAUUCCUCCUCCGCCCCCUGUUCGUCUUACCUCUACUCCGAAAGACGAAAAGGCAAAAAAGAAAGAGCGAGCACUCCUCAAGCGGACUGAGCAGGCUGGGAGACUUGGCAGAGCCAGAGAAUCUACAUUAGAUUAUCGUCUCGGGCUUAAGAAUACUCAAACCAGGAGUGAUGGUCCUCAGCUGCCAACAGGAGGAAGACCGAAUCCUGUAGGUAUGAGAGGUUGGACAAGCUUAAUCGAAGAUAAGAUCGAGAAAGCUCGCAGUGCUGGUGUGUUCAAUCAUAUCAAGGGCCGUGGUCAGCCUCUCGUGCAAACAACGGAGGAAAAGAACCCUUUCAUUGGUCGAGAACAGUUUCUAAUGAAUCGCAUCAUUCAGAGAAACGGCGCUGCUCCUCCUUGGGUGGAAUUGCAGGGCGAACUCGACACUGCUGUUUCUGCCUUCCGAGACCUACUCCGUCAAUCAUACAUACGUCGCGUCGUCCGAACGCUCACAGCUAUACAUCCCCCAGCCAUCCUCGCCACCCGAUUGUCCGUCAAAGACAUCAAAGCGCACCGCGAUCCCGAAUGGGAAGAAACUGAACGCACAUAUCACGACGUCGCUAUCGACGAGAUCAACGCUCUUGUGCGCAAAUACAACGGUGUUGCCCCGUACGCCGUACGAAGAGCGUAUUAUAUGCGUAAUGUGGAAGUUGGUAGGCUCUAUGAUGAAUGCGCUGAGGACGUGUUGAAAGGAUUGAAGGAGAGGGUAGGAGGUUCACCAUCAACGGGGAAUAUGCGGAAGGUACCGGAAAUUAGUAAAAGAGGGUCUGACUUCGUGGAAGGACAGGAAUUAGAUGAGGGAUUCGUGAGCUUUAGGAACUUGUUACUGAGUUGGGCUGAUAAACUCCUGGAGAGAUGGGGUCGGAAAACAUAG